CCGGGCGGCGGCGGCGGCGGCGGCUGCGGGGGCGCGACGGCCGGGGCGAGGGCGCUGCGGCCGCGGGGGGCAGGCGGCGGGGGCGGCGGCCCGCACCAGCCAUGCCGAAUAAAAACAAGAAGGAGAAAGAACCGCCGAAAGUGAAGAGCGGCCGAGCCGGGAAGGACGGAGUGGACAUCGAGCCCGAGAUUUCCAGUAGGAAGGACAGCCUGGUUGCUUCCCAGUCGGCGGCGGCCAGUAAGAUCAAGGUGCCGGCCCCUGCGCCCCCCAUGGUGAAGAAGGACCGGCGCUCCAGCUCCUCCAGGUUCAACGCCAGCAGCAGCCGGGAGCUGCAGAAACUCCCGCCCCUGAAAGAUGUCCCUCCUGCUGAUCAAGAGAAGCUUUUCAUCCAGAAACUCCGGCAAUGCUGCGUCCUCUUUGACUUUGUCUCUGACCCACUCAGUGACCUCAAGUGGAAGGAAGUGAAGCGAGCUGCCCUCAGUGAGAUGGUGGAGUACAUCACCCACAACCGGAAUGUCAUCACGGAGCCUAUUUACCCAGAAGUUGUCCAUAUGUUCGCAGUUAACAUGUUCCGGACGUUACCACCUUCCUCCAACCCCACGGGAGCCGAGUUCGACCCCGAGGAAGACGAGCCGACAUUAGAGGCAGCGUGGCCGCAUCUCCAGCUUGUUUAUGAAUUUUUCUUAAGAUUUUUAGAGUCUCCAGAUUUCCAGCCUAACAUAGCAAAGAAAUACAUCGACCAGAAGUUCGUCCUGCAGCUUUUAGAGCUCUUUGACAGUGAAGACCCUCGAGAGAGGGAUUUUCUCAAAACGACCCUCCACAGAAUCUAUGGGAAAUUCUUAGGCCUAAGAGCUUACAUCAGAAAACAGAUCAAUAAUAUAUUUUAUAGGUUUAUUUAUGAAACAGAGCAUCACAAUGGCAUAGCAGAGCUGCUGGAGAUCCUGGGGAGUAUAAUUAAUGGAUUUGCCUUACCACUGAAAGAAGAGCACAAGAUUUUCCUACUGAAGGUGUUACUGCCUCUGCACAAAGUGAAGUCCCUGAGCGUCUACCACCCGCAGCUGGCGUACUGCGUGGUACAGUUUCUGGAAAAGGACAGCACCCUCACCGAGCCGGUGGUGAUGGCACUUCUCAAAUACUGGCCAAAGACCCACAGCCCGAAGGAAGUCAUGUUCCUGAACGAGCUGGAGGAGAUCCUGGACGUCAUCGAGCCGUCGGAGUUCGUGAAGAUCAUGGAGCCGCUCUUCCGGCAGCUGGCCAAGUGCGUCUCCAGCCCCCACUUCCAGGUGGCGGAGCGCGCGCUGUACUACUGGAACAACGAGUACAUCAUGAGCCUCAUCAGCGACAAUGCCGCCAAGAUCCUGCCCAUCAUGUUCCCGUCCCUGUACCGCAACUCGAAGACCCACUGGAACAAGACGAUACACGGCCUGAUCUACAACGCGCUGAAGCUCUUCAUGGAGAUGAACCAGAAGCUCUUCGACGACUGCACUCAGCAGUUCAAGGCGGAGAAGCUGAAAGAGAAGCUAAAAAUGAAAGAGCGAGAAGAAGCGUGGGUUAAGAUAGAAAACCUAGCCAAAGCGAACCCCCAGUACACAGUGUAUAGCCAAGCCAGUACCAUGAGCAUGCCGGUGGCCAUGGAGACAGACGGGUCUUUAUUUGAAGAUGUGCAGAUGCUGAGAAAGACAGUGAACGAGGAGGCUCGCCAGGCCCAGAAAGACCCGCGGAAGGAGCGGCCUCUGGUGCGCCGCAAGUCGGAGCUGCCCCAGGACCUCCACACCAAGAAGGCCUUGGCGGCCCACUGCAGAGCGGACGAGCUGCUGGCCCAGGACGGGCGCUAGCCCGGGCGCGGCGGGCGGGCUGCGGCGCUGGUCGGGAUUCUGUAGAAAUACAUCCUUUUUGUGCCAUAACAAUCAGUCACACUCCAAGUCACAGCUUUGCGCGACCCUGGUCCUGGGCAGCCACGUGCUUCCGCCUCAGCCGAGGGCAGGGGUUCCCACAGUGGCCCGCCGGGCCCUGCGGGGACUGGCCCCCCGAGAUGGUUCCGGGCAAAGGGACACUCGCUGGCUCGCAGCCUCAGCCCCGGAGACGGGGCCCGCGGUCUGCCCUUUGCUCCUGUAGCCCGCCGAUGUGGGCCCAGGCGUUGGCCAGCCUAGGGGCUGCAGGGGAGAGCGUCGGGGGCCCCGGGCACUGCUUCCUCGGGGUGGGGGGGCUUCGCUCCAGGCUCCCAUCCGUGCCACGUCCGCUGCUUCUCUGUAGCCCUCAAGCCAUAGUUCCGCGUGUGGAACAGCACCCGGGUUCCCAGUGUCAGCUCGCAGGAGAAGCGUCUUCUUAGAAGAAUUGGGAUUUUAAAAUUAUGUGUUCACUUUUUUUCCUUUUUUUUGCAUUUGUUUUCUCUCCCUGCACGGCCCUGGCACACAGGGUUCCUGGGCGAGUGGACCAAGCGUCUCUGGGAACUGCACGUUCUCCAAAGUCAGGUCGCGCCCAUUCCGAGUGGCCUGUACCUGGCCGCCCCUUCGUGCUGCACUGGCUCUGAGCUUCUGGAGGUGGGGGCGGGGAGGACGCUGCUCCCAGUCUCUCCCUCGCGGCUGGUUCCUGACGAGCAGCCUGAGGAGAAACCCUCUCCCCAGGCCCGUAUCGGCCUCUCCCUCUCAGGGUGCCCGGGACUUCCCCCUUCCUGAUGCUGCUUAGAAGCUCUUUCCCUGCGCUGCUGUUCGAAACAGGUGAUGCUAGUUUCUUCUGUCUCCAGCCUAAGAUUCUGUAACGUCACGUCACGUGUUUUCGUGCAUAAAAGGCCCAGCAGGCCCGUGUCCCGGGGCCUCGGGUGCAUGGCGCACGCAUGGCGCCCCUCCACCCCACAGCCCUGCUCACCACCUGAUCUCCUGGGGGAACGGUGGGGCGCCCAGGGCUGCCCAGCUGCCGGUGGGGAAGCAACACGUCCUGGACACUUGACAAGUCCCUGCCCCUCACCGUGAUAAAACGUCUCACUGCAAAAGUCCAGAUGCCUCCUCCCUUGGAGGGCACUCGGGUGCUUUUCAUCAUGCGAAGCAGCGUCUCACAUAUUUUAACCGACCAUUGUUUGAACUUAAUCUUUAGCUGACUGAUUCCACCUGUCCCGGGCUGGGGGUUGUCAGAUCGGGGUGGGGGAGGUUCUGGAAGAAUCUCUCUGCCCACGGGAGAAAGCAGCAGGGCACCACGUGGUGGGCGGUGUUGGAGUUGACACAGUAGAUCCUCUUUCCUGUCGACGUUUUAUUUCUGCUCGUGAGGAAAGACAGACAUUCACCAAGAAGGGAGACCGUUCAGAGCGAAGCUUCACCUCCUUUGACCAGAGCAUUCUUUCAUGCUUUCCUAUUAGGACACAGAGCCCCGUGGCGAUUGUCCCCUAGUAACCGCACUGACACGCCCCCUCCUCCGCGCCAGGCGGGUUUUCAAAGCACCACACUGACAGUCCCCUGGGCCCGGCCCUCCCGCAGCCCCGCGCGGCAUCCGACGAGCUGCCGGCCGGAAGGGCCCCGGCAUUCUAGUGCGACUGAGUCCGGCUUUUCCUAUUGUACAGACAUUGUAUCUUUGUUUAUGGUAAGAAGUAAUAAAAAUGUAGACUUCAUAUUUUGUACAAAAUGUCCUAUGUACAGAAUUUAAGAAAAAAAAAGUUCAUAGAAACAGCAAACAUAGGUAAGUGGCACAAUUAUUUUUCUUUAGGAGAUAACUGUAACUUUAUGCUUAGUGAGAUGUUAAGGACCCACAUAUUUUUUAACAUUUUGUAAUUGAGAACUUUGGUUUCGACAUUGUUUAUGAAGGGAAACGUCAUCCACUUGCCAUUUAUUAUGCUCUUUUAUCUAAUUUUAAAGAAACUCUACAAAUGGUGUAUUAUAUGGACUAAAUAAAGAACAUGUGAAUUUUA